AUCCGUAACUCUCCGAGAGCCCAUAUCAGUUACAUGGGACGCUUUCCCGCGCCCCAACAAUAGAGUGGUACGUACCACUCUAUUGUACUUUAACGGGGACGUUUUCUGGCGAAUAGACGUCGUUUCAGACUCCUUAUAUUGGAAAAAAACAUAUAUGUCGCAUAUAGGUAAAACUGAAGGCUUGUUUUUGUUGCUACGAAACCUGCUGUUAGGUUCGCUGGAGCAGCUAUAAUGCAGAUUUCACCAAUAUCUUCCCCGAGAUUACCUUUGGAAAAAAGUGCCUGGGUUCCUCUCCGCCACCGCCUCUUCCAGCAAGAGUGCAUUUGAUAUCAGAGGCAGUACGACCAUGGAUCCGGCCCGGGGAUUUAAAUUCUUGGACACGGUGGCAUGCUCUACUGCACAGUAAGGAUGGGAAGACAAUAAGGGGAAUUUUAACAAACGUAUCAGGUAGCGGAGUUGCAGCAGAAGGAUGCCGCUGGUGAAACGCACCAUCGAGCCCAGGCACCUGUGCCACACGGUGCUGCCAAGAAACAUCAAGAACGAGCUGGAGUGUGUGACUAAUAUCUCCUUGGCCAACGUCAUCCGCCAGCUCAGCAGCCUCAGUAAAUAUGCAGAAGACCUGUUCGGAGAGCUGUUCAACGAAGCCCACUCCUUUUCUUUCCGGGUCAACUCCCUGCAGGAGCGUGUGGACCGGCUCUCCAUCAGUGUCACACAGCUGGACCCCAAAGAGGAGGAAUUGUCGCUUCAGGACAUUACCAUGAGGAAGGCUUUCAGGAGCUCCACUAUUCAGGACCAGCAGCUGUUCAACCGCAAGUCGCUGCCCGUCCCGCUGCAGGAAACCUAUGAGACCUGCGAGCAGCCGCCGCCACUCAACAUCCUCACACCCUACAGAGAUGAUGGGAAGGAGGGUCUGAAGUUUUACACCAAUCCAUCGUACUUCUUUGACCUGUGGAGAGAGAAGAUGCUGCAGGACACAGAGGACAAAAGGAAGGAGAGGCGGAAACAGAAGUUGCAGGACCCCCGCAUGUAUGAUCAGGUCUAUAGGUACUUAGACCUCCCAGGGCAGCUGAAGGCAAUAGACCGUCCGCAGGAGCCAGAAAAGAUACCGCGGGCGCCUCACGACCGUAAAAAGGAGUGGCAGAAACUGGCACUGGGUGCAGAGCUGGCCCAGGACAUGCCCGACGACAAACACAGAGAGGCCAACGGAUCUGCAGGUUACCAUGACAACAGGGCUCCCUUGUACAUGGAGCAUUUGGACGGGCCGUUCUCGCUGGCGGCGCUGCCCUACAGCCAGAUGAACGAGCUGCUGAGCCGUACCGGGGACAGAAUGUAUUCGCGGCCCCACGACCCUCCGCCGCCUCCACCUCCUAUGCACCCACUGGGAGAGAUCAAGCCGCCCUCUGUGAUCAGCUCCAGUUCGGGGUUUUCCGACAGCAGACCCCAGUCUCCAGCCCGGACAGCAGGCCUCACCUCCAGCACUCCCCCUCCGCCUCCUCCUCUCCCCCCUCCUCCCCCUCCUUUACCCUCCACAAGCCUGAGGGGCACCCCUCCUCCUCCUAUUCCUCCUCUCCCAGUCCAGCAACAACCUCCAGCCAUUCCGCCUCCUCCUGCUCCUCUCCAGAUCGCCCCAGGGGUGCUCCACCCAGCCCCUCCGCCUGUGGCACCUCCCCUCCACUCUUCUUCCCCAGCCCGUCACCAGCAAGUCCUGGACAAGGGCCUAUCCAUGGGCUCUGGGACCCAGUCAGAUGGCACCAUCCUGCCUCCUCCCCCACCGCCACCGCCUCUGCCCCUCUCUGGAGUGCGGAGCUCAUCGCCCUGUCCGUCAGGCCCGCCACCUGUGCCAGCCUUCCCCUCAGCAGGAGCCAUGGCCACCCCACUGCCCCACACCCAUCACGAUGUGGUGACCAAGAGGCACCAUCCAGCCAGUCUGCCACCCAUCAGCGACGCCCGCAGUGUCCUGCUGGAGGCCAUCAGGAAAGGCAUACAGCUACGAAAAGUGGAGGAGCAGCGAGAGCAAGAGGCUAAGCACGAGCGAGUUGGCAAUGACGUGGCCACCAUCCUGUCGCGCCGCAUCGCUGUGGAGUACUCCGACUCUGAGGACGAGUCUGAGUUCGAUGAAGGAGACUGGAUGGAGUGAAAUGGAUUGAAAAGCAGCGGUGGCAGGGGAGGACAAACAUGUUCAGGUGCCCCCGCCCCCCCCCAAAGCCCUGCACACCUUGCCAUCCAAGUCAUUUCCACUCUUGACAGAAGAGGAACAUCAUUGUUGCCCACUUUUUCUCUGUCAAGCUCUUUUAUCUCAUCAUCUCUCCAUCUCCUUGUGGUUUGUUUCUGGAGGAGAGUCUCGGUGUCACCCCUGUCAGUCUUUCUACUGUUCCAAGAUAAGUUUUUUUUUUUUUGCAUUCAUUGUUUUCUGUUCUACCACACAACAUGGAUUUCUUGUGAUGGAAUCCCGUGUUUACUAUUGUUAUACAUGACAAACCUUUUUAAAGAACCAUUUGUUUCUGUUUCUAUCUCUAAGUUGUUAGAAUAAAAAGACAACAAUAGACCAGGAAAAAUGAAGGCAUGUUGCAUAUAUCCUUAGUUUUCCAGCACAGUUUUGCCACCUGGUGGCUGAACAUGGUGUCGAAUGAAUGCUGUUUUAUUUUAUUGUCUUUUAUCAUUUUUCUGCUGAAACAUUUGCAGGUUCAAUGAGCCAGUAGUUGCCAAUACUGACCACUAGAUGAACAGAUAUAGUAGGGGGUACACCAAGCCAGGUCGAAGGCACCCAUGAUAUUGAGUCUGACCAACAAUAGGUACAAACCACUCGACACCACCGAAGGCAGCUGUUCCCUCAGAUCCCCCUGUACCACGUACCUGGCCACUAACAAGAAGCCUUACCUCGUUCGGUUCUUCAGCUGUGACUGUUGUUCAGAAGAAUACAUUCUGCGUGACACUGCCUUUUUAGGCCUAAAAGAGAGGCGCAUUAUGCUUUGUUUUGGCUCAUUUCAAAGAAAAUGUCUGCCGUCCUUUUCUGUUCUUUCUUCUACUUGCCUUAUUGUUCGUACAAAACGUAUUGUUGAGUUGUUGAAUGUACUGUGCUGUUACUACUUACUUGCCUGCGCUUGUAUGGAUUUGCUGUUUCUGUGUUCGAAGGGGUAAAAGUGACAGAGGGACAGAAACCCUUGUUUAAAAGAGAAAAACAUUAGAUCAGUACUGUACACAAUGUAACUUAUAUAACUGUUGACUGUAACAGUUUGCUUGAAUUAAUAAAAAUCUAAUGUUAUGAUGCCUGUAAA